ACCUCACAGCAAGAGGAGCGCGGAGGAGGCGAGCCGGCGCCUGGGUAGAUGUGAGCCCAAGGUAAUGGCCAGGCUGGUGGACAUAGGCACACAGACAGAUCCAGUGGUUGUGCUGUCCCUGGCCCAGGCUGCCGUGCUAGGUCUCAUCUCCCAGAAUGAAGUGUUUGGCGCCACCAUUGCACCCAACGGCUUCUACACCGGCGAGCCCAAAGAGUCCCCCGCACCGACAGUAGAAGGAGUCGACUACGAGUACGCAGACCAGCUUAUCGGAGCCAACGGAGAUUACCUCGGAGACAACUUGGGAGAAGAAGGACAGAUGCAACCCAGCUGCAGUCAGAGGAGGUGGCAGCAGGGGCCCCCUCAACACCCCGACACAAAAAUGGUGGGUCCCGAUCGCCACAGCCUUCAAGGCGCUGACAUUUCCACGUCACAUGUGAAAGGGGAAGUGGUGAACUCUGGGAUGCCCUCCUGUGUCCACAUGCUGAACAAUAUGGCUCCCAGAGGCGGAUUAGUACAAGUGGACCCGGCCACGCUCAGAGGCACCAACAAGAACUGUGUAGAGUGUGAGCGGGAUGUAACCAACCAGACGCAAGCCAACGCACACGUUCACCCUCCUCCCCCUCAGGUGGGCCACAGAGGAGGGGAGCAGGGCCACAGAGGGCUGCAGGGCCAGCGCCCGAUGGGGGCCCACGGUCGAGGUGGCAGGGAGGAGGAGGAAGAGGUGGAACACCCGGUGAACAACAUGAUGAAGCCCACGCAGCAGGAGGAGGCCAUCAGCAGCUACUUCCAGACCAGUGAAGUGGGCAGCUAUGAUUCGGCGGAAAUGAGCAUGCCGAGCGAGUACGAGGACAGCAGCCAGAACAUGAUGUGGACGGACGGGAACACGGCGGCGCAGCAGCACCAGCCGCCUCCACACCCCCAGCCUCCUCGUCGGCACGGCGGCCGCAGAGUGGACCGGCUAGACAUCAACAUCCAGAUCGACGAGUCUUACUGCGUGGACGUGGGGGACGGUCUGAAGCGCUGGAAGUGCCGCAUGUGUGACAAAUCGUACACCUCCAAGUACAACCUGGUCACGCACAUCCUGGGCCACAACGGCAUCAAACCGCACGCCUGUCCGAACUGCGGGAAGCUCUUCAAGCAGCCCAGUCACCUUCAAACCCACCUGCUGACCCACCAGGGGACGCGGCCGCACAAGUGCACCGUCUGCAAGAAGGGCUUCACCCAGACCAGCCACCUGAAGCGACACAUGCUCCAACACACCGACAUCAAGCCCUACAGCUGCCGCUUCUGCCGCCGCGGCUUCGCCUACCCCAGCGAGCUGCGGGCCCACGAGGUGAAGCACGAGCGUGGGCGAUGCCAUGUGUGCUCGCAGUGCGGCAUGGAGUUCCCCACCUACGCCCACCUCAAACGCCACCAGACCAGCCACCAGGGGCCCCACACCUUCCAGUGCACCGAGUGCAACAAGUCGUUUGCGUACCGCAGCCAGCUCCAGAACCACCUGCUGAAGCACCAGAGCCCGAGGCCUUACACCUGCUCCCAGUGCGGCCUGGAGUUUGUGCAGCUCCACCACCUCCGUCAGCACUCGCUCACACACAAGGGGGUGAAAGGCCACAAGUGUGACGUGUGUUCCCGAGAGUUCACCCUGUCGGCCAACCUGAAGAGACACAUGCUGAUCCACAACAGCGUCAGACCCUUCCAGUGUCACGUCUGCUUCAAGAGCUUCAUCCAGAAACAGACCCUGAAGACCCACAUGAUCGUCCACCUGCCUGUGAAGCCAUUCAAAUGCAAGGUGUGCGGCAAGUCUUUCAACAGAAUGUACAACCUGCUGGGUCACAUGCACCUCCAUGCUGGCAGUAAGCCCUUUAAGUGUCCUUACUGCACCAGUAAGUUCAACCUGAAGGGGAACCUCAGCCGGCACAUGAAGGUCAAGCACGGGAUGGAAGUCUCGCCAGAAGGACAAGGCGAGAGACUAGAGUUCGUCAAUUUUUCAUGGCGUGUGAGUAAAUCGGACGUCGAGAAGGGUCUGUGA